CCUCGUGGCCUGGGGCUCGGCCUCGCGGGCGGCGCCGCUGUGAUCCGCGCGGGGUUCCCGGGGGAAUGCUCUACCUCAAGCUGCCGGGCGUGGAUAUAGGGUCCCUGCGAGGGCCGGCGGGGCUGUGAUCUGCUGGCGCCGGCGGAUGCGAGGUUGGGAUUGUUGAGCCCGCCAGCGUCGGGGAUUCGGACGGCCAUGGCUGCUCCGGCGGAGGUGGACACCUGCCUCGAGAGCUUCGAGCUGUACCAGGCCGACUCGACAUUUUAUAUUCUUGGAACUAACACUGACAAAACAUUAUGGAGAUUACUUAAGAUUGAUAGAAUGGAGCCAUCAGAGCUUAACAUAGACGAGGACUGUACCAUGUACUCACAGAGUGAAUAUCUUGAUCUGCUAAAAGUUCUAGAUGAAGAGCAUAGGUCAACCGGUGGAGUCAAUUUUGUUACAAAUUGUUGUGGAAUCAUCGGUUUCAUUAAGUUCCUUGGGCCUUAUUACAUGUUAAUUAUCACCGAGCAGAGAAAAAUUGGUGCUAUGUUUGGCCAUCCAGUUUACCAAGUUACUAAGACGGCAAUGAUCGAGGUAUCUAAUUGCAAAACAAGGCCAACACUUUUUAAUUCCAAGGAUGAAAACAGGUACAAGAAGCUCUUGCAGACUAUAGAUCUUAGGAAGGACUUUUUUUUCAGCCACUCGUACCAUAUCAUGAGAAGUUUCCAGGAGAAUUUUAGUGAUCCACAGGAAGGGUGGGACCUAUAUGAUACAAUGUUCGUAUGGAAUGAAUAUCUAACACGAGGGUUUCGUAACGUUCUGAAAAGUACCCGAUGGACUGUUGCAUUAGUCUAUGGUUUUUUUAAACAGGAUAAAGUCACAGUUUCUGGCAAGGACAUUAUGUUGACACUCAUUGCUAGACGAUCGAGGCAUUAUGCUGGAACCAGGUAUUUAAAGAGAGGUGUAAAUGAGGAGGGCAGAGUAGCAAAUGACGUUGAGACUGAGCAAAUUGUUUAUGAAGACACACUUGGACCUAGGCAAAUCAGCUCUGUUGUGCAGAACAGGGGUUCGAUUCCUCUAUUCUGGUCCCAGGAGACAUCAAAGCUCAAUAUUAAGCCAGAUAUCAUAUUGCAUGAGAAGGACAAUAAUUACGAAGCUACCAGACUUCAUUUUGAAAAUCUUAGGAGGAGAUAUGGAAAUCCUAUCAUUAUCUUAAACUUGAUUAAGACACGCGAGAGGAGACCACGGGAGUCUACACUUCGUCAAGAAUUCGAUAAAGCAAUAAAGAUUAUAAAUAAUGGUCUACCAGGAGAAAAUCAUUUGAAAUUUUUACAUUGGGAUCUUAGUAAAAGCACUCAAAGCAAAACUAUAGAUGCCCUUCAAGUACUGAUGAAAGUGGCAUCUGAAGCACUGAACUUGACAGAAUUCUUCUACUGUCAAGUUUCCUCGGAUCAAACACCUGGGAGCUCCCUUAAUUUACAUGCUCCAUUGAACAAUGGCUGUGGCCUUGGUGCGUGUGAUGACAACCAUGAUGGUGACAAUGUGGACUGUGUCAAUAAUAAUGAUGACAUUUCCCAAGAAGAUACCCGUGUCAGUUCUGAUACUUCCACUAAUGAAAUUCCAGAACAUGUAGUCAGUAACAAUGGACCUAUGCCAGUAAAGCCUCCAAAAUUACAAAAGGGUGUCUUGCGCACAAACUGUAUAGAUUGUUUAGACCGCACAAACGUUGCUCAGUAUGCCUAUGGUUUAGCUUCUCUUGGACACCAGCUGCAUGCACUUGGUGCUGUAGAAUCCCCAGAGCAUGAUUUGGACUCCCCCCUCGCCCACCAUUUGAUGCAUUUUUAUGAGCGGAUGGGCGACACACUUGCUUUACAAUAUGGUGGUUCGGCUGCACAUAAUAAGAUAUUCUCUGCAAAGAGAGGGCACCUUAAGUUUGCUAUUCAGUCUCAGGAGUUCUUCAGGACACUACAACGAUACUACAGUAAUGCAUAUAUGGAUGCUUACAAACAGGCAGCAAUAAAUUUAUUUUUGGGACACUGUCAACCGCAUCAGGGCAAAUCUGCACCUUGGGAGCCAGAGUCUGUUGCUGGGGAGAAUGUCCUUGAUGACAAUACGAGUAAAAUGAUGAAAAGGGCAAGAUCAGAUGGUAGCAUUCUUCGUAAAAGCAACACAUCGAUGUCCAGCAACGGUCAAAAUGGAAUUUCAGCAUCAGGAUUUAGUGAUUUAAAAAAUGAGCUACAACCUCCAAACUGCCGGUCUGGUUCAGUACAUGAAAUUUUAUGUACCUCUAAUAAUGCAGUGUCAAAGUCAAGUUAUACUCCUACAGUGUCACGCAUUAAGUAUGCGAGCUGUGAGCUUGACUACUGCAACGGUUCUGGGGAUUCAAAUUUCCUUGAUCUCGACUGGCUUUCACCUUCAGAAAAUGAAAGGUCAAGAGCCGGAAGUACUCCUGAUGUGAAUGUUUCAACUGAUAUUGGUGCCAGUGGUCACACUCCAGAGAUUGAGGCUCAUGGGUUAUCCGGAAGUUUCAUGCAGUGGGUUGAUCAGGGAGAGGCUUUUUGGUACUAAUGAUAUUGCCAAAUGAUUUAUCACUACACCCAAGCUGCAUGAUGGCAUCAGAUAUGAAAUAUUGCCACUACCAUACUACUUCCGAUAUACAAUCUCACGGAGUCACACCAUUCAAGAUCCAAGUAGUCCUUUAGUGAAGUGUAACUAUUCUGGUCCACCAGUUCAUCUGUUAUUAUUUCUUCUAGAUGCAAGUAGAUAGGCAUUGUUCUAUUUUCUUAAAAGAAAAGAAAGAAUGUAGGUAGUGUAUUAUUCUUUGGAAGUUGUACCAUUGCUCAUGUUUCCAUUGUGUAAAUAUAUAUGUUCGAAGUGUUGAUGUCCCCCCAAGUUGAAGUGGACUUGAAAUCAACAUUUUUUCCUCAACCUCUUUGGCUGGGAUAUCUUGAAACAUGUACCCUCUAUUUUUCGUUUCAGCAGACAAGAUACUGUUGUGUACUUU